CUUUCGAGGCGAAAUUCGAAGCGAUGGAUAAGUGCGUGUGUACAUGCCCUUAAAGGCUGCAAGUAGGAGGCAAGGAAAGGCGCAGGUAAUGUUCAACAUCGAUGGAGCUCAUGUAAUUUGGUCAACAAGCAUUAAGGGUUUCAGUAAGUGUUGAACUGUUUGACGUUUACCGGCUGCACGGAGUCGAUGUGUGUUGAUGUGCCAUGGCUCCGCGAUGGUUUCACCUCUGUGCGCUUGUGUUCUGUCCUCCUCACGGUAUUCGGAUGGGAAAUCUCUGCAGAAAAGUGGCACACUGGCCUCGAAAUUAAUUCCAGAAUUCUCCAACAUCGGUAAAGUAUUACAAAGAUAUGGAUAAACACUGCAGAGUGAAGGAUGAAGCCACGUCAAAGGCAACAAAGCGCAAGGAAAACAAACAGAAACAUGGACGGCUUUUUCGAAAGAAAUCAUUGAAGUCGGUGGGGAGUUUUGUAAAUAAAAUUAUCAAAACUUUUGGCACUUUUACCCACUUUGGAGACGUUGCAGUUCAGGGCGCAGAGGAUGACGAUGGAGGGUUUCGUGACGGGACACCUUGCACACUCAGUGCCAACUCAGGAAAUAUCAAAGAGGAUGUCCAGGUCGCCGGGGAUGAUUCUGUUAAAAAUAUUUCGAUAGCUUCUUCCCGUUGCUCGGUGAAAGAAAGGGUUUUAUGGUGCUAUGGUGGCAACAUUCCAGGUGUUCUAGGCUUGAAAAAUCACGGGAACACCUGUUUCAUGAACGCCGUGGUCCAGUGCUUGAGCAACACUGACCUGCUCGCAGAGUAUCUCGGGUUGGAACGGUACAAAUUGGAUUUGAGUCGAAGGAGAAUUAAUGGGAUUGUUAAAAGUGAAGAUACGCAGCAUGCCAGAGGUGAAGUCACGGAGCAGUUGGCAUCACUUGUUAGGGCACUCUGGACUCUGGAAUACAUCCCGCAACUGUCAGUGGAAUUCAAGAGUAUAGUAUCCAAGUAUGGAUCCCAAUUCCGAGGAAACUCCCAACAUGACGCCCUGGAGUUUCUGCUUUGGCUUCUGGACCGAGUUCACGAGGAUGUCAACUUGUCCUCCUGCAGCAACAGCAAUAACAAGACCAAAGCCCCAGGGAAGGGCCCUGGUAUAUCAGAGGAGGCGAUGGUCACUGAGCUUUCCCACUCGCAGCAGCCCGGGGCAUGCCACAGCUUUGUACAGGAACACUUCCAGGCACAAUACAAGUCAUCGCUGACCUGCCCUCAUUGUCAUAAACAGAGCAACACCUUUGACCCUUUCCUCUGCAUUUCACUUCCCAUCCCUCUCCGCCACACCAGGCCUUUGUGUGUAACUCUGGUCUUCAGUACGAAGGGCCAGAGAUACUUGCGCAUCGGGCUGGCUGUGCCUCUCUUUGGCUCACUGGCCUUUCUGAGAAGGAUGUUGGCGGAUGAGGGGAAGAUCUCCCCAGACCAGGUGAUCCUGACAGAGAUCUACACCACAGGCUUUCAGCGCUCCUUCUUUGAUGAGGAGGAUCUGACGUGCAUAGCCGAGACUGACAUCAUCUAUGCCUUCCAGGCCCCGCCCCUAUACAUCAGAGGAGGCUCUACACUAUUCUCAGGGUACCACCACAGCCUGCCGUCCUCGCCGUACUCCUCCGGGCCCGAAGGUCAAAGGUUACCUCCAUCCGGAACUUUGUCAUCAGAGUUCCUGAACCAUGGUGUGCCGGUGAAGAUCCUGUUGCUGGUGUGCAACGCCGCCUGGAAUGCCCAGCAGGCUGUCAGGUUUGGACCUCCGUUCCUGAUGAGGGAGGACCGCUCCAUCUCCUGGGACCAGUUGCAGCAGAGCAUCCUCAGCAAGCUCUACUACCUGAUGAUCAACGGAGCACAGGCCCAGAAUGCCAGAGUGCUGUUUAAGAUCCGUGUGGUGGGAGGAUCAGCGUCCUACAGCUACCUCUCCCCCCAGGAUGGACGGCCGCUCUACCACCCAGCAGUGAACAGAGCUCUUAAUCUCUGUGGCUCAGGAGGACCGCCCCAUGUGAAGCUCAUCAUCGAGUGGGAACACAGAAUCAAAGACUGCCUGUUUGGGAACAUCCAGGAGGAGGUGGUGAAGGAUGCUGAGAGUGUGAGAGGCCAGCAUCAGCAGCACGUCCAGCAGCACAGUUGUACCCUGGACGAGUGCUUUCAGCUCUACACUAAAGAGGAACAGCUGGCCCCAGACGAUGCAUGGAAAUGUCCCUACUGUAAGCAGCUGCAGCAGGGCAUGGUGAAGAUGAGCCUGUGGACGCUGCCUGACAUCCUCAUCCUCCACCUCAAGCGCUUCCGGCAGGUGGGCGAGCGCCGCAACAAGCUGGCCACGCUGGUGCGCUUCCCCCUGGACGGCCUAGACAUGGCUCCCCAUGUGGUGAAGAGGAGUCAGAGCACCCGGCUGCCCCCCCACGGUCCUCUGCCCCCCACGUACCCAGCCUGGAAACCGCCCUGCCCACCUGACGUGGCCCCUCCAGACUUCCUAUAUGACCUCUAUGCUGUGUGUAACCACCACGGAGGCAUGCACGGGGGACAUUACACAGCGUUCUGCAGGAACUCAUUGGAUGCCCAGUGGUAUGGGUAUGAUGACAGCAGUGCAGAGCCAGUCACAGAGGGGGAGGUGUGCACACGGGGAGCCUACAUCCUCUUCUACCAAAGACGCAACACCAUCCCUCCAUGGUCAGCCAGCUCCUCUCUCAGAGGCUCCACCAGCUCCUCCACGUCAGACCACUGGCUGAUCCGUCUGAUGCGGGACUGUAAGAGGGACAGCCUGUUCUCUGGGGGGUCCACCUCUGGCCCUCCUGGCCCCACACCAACCCCCGAAUCCCCAGAGCUCCCUGUGUUCGAGGACGAGCCUCUCAAAACAGAGACAGAUGGGUUUGAGAAUAAGCCAUUUGUCCGAGGCACUCAGGGCAGGAGCGUGAGUAUGAGGUCACCCACUAAGACCAAGGACACCCUGAGCAAAGUGCUGCCCCUGCGCUGGUCCUUUGGUUCCAAGGACCGCCCCAAACCCUCCUCCCCCAGGCGAGGGGAGCUGGUGGAGUACCUGGAGUCAGGGCGCAGGCCGCGGUGCACCAAGGACCCCAUCAUCACCCUAGUGGCCACCCCGCCCCAGGGCGGGCACAGGGACCUGGGCAGCUCCCCCAGUGGGAGCAGCCUGAGCUGCAUGGACAGGUCCAACUCUGAGGCCUGCGACUCCCCAAGAGUACCAGAGGGCCAGAGCAGGCCUGCCGUAGAGAGGAGCUCCAGCCUGGGGCUCAGUAUUAUCACUAAAGCCAGGGAUGACAGCUCACUGGGCCGGAGGUCCUCCAAGAGGUUCAGGCAGGACCAAGGCAGGACCCUGGACCCUCACCCCCAUAGAUGCUCCACUGAUGGGGUCCACAUCAGCCACAGUGCCCCCCCAAGUAGGGACUCCACACUGAAGAGGCCCAAGGCCCAAGCAGGGCUGACCUCCAGGGUAGGGGUGCUGCAGGCUGGUCUACAGCCUGAGGAGAGGAAGGGGAUGAGGGGUCAGGAAGUAAGGAGCCACGACAGCCUCUUGUCCUUUUUCAAAUCAGGCUUCCUGAAGAAAGACGCUCAGAGUACACCUAGCAAGGGGGAGGAGGUCCGGGCCAAUGGCCACGGACGAGCCAGCAAGGUGGCAAACGAUAGUUCGUCUAAACUCUCCCUCUCCAAUGGGACCCUGAACGGCGUAGCGCUGGAGGAAAAGAGGGCCAACGGCACCCCUAGAAGUGACUGCCGUCACAGCAAAGGGCAGCUUGUCAACGGGAGGACAGGGAGUAACAGCUCUGCUGCGGACAUCAAGCGUGCCCACAGCUCCAGUAACAUCCAGACCAAAUUGGACUUGACCCUGCGCAGGUGUGCCUCUCUGCAGAGGAAUGGGCAGGUAGCUCCCCCGGCCCCCCGCAGCAGCCUGGCCACAGACAAGCCCAGCUAUGCCACCCUGCAGCGGGCACGCUACAGCACCACCUCCCUGGGCAGGCAGCAGAGACCCGUCCCCGAGUCCUGCUUCUGACUCCCUCCGCACCGCUAGGCUAACUGGCUGCUGCCACAGCAGUAGAGUUAUCUGGCGUGUGUGUCUCUUUAUUUAGAGUUUGUGCCAAUGCUACUGCCAGGGUUAGCAUGUUAGUGUGAGCUGCUAGAGCAGAGGAAUAAUCACGGUGUUACUAUAAGACAGGUUGUUAGGGGAGGCUUUGCCAACAGCUGAGAUCAGUAAUGGAGUGCGUAACAGUUAACUGUCUGUCAUAGUCUUCUGUUUAAUGUAAGUGCCUCUGUGACAGUUCAGAAUGAUUGUUUGUUGAACACUGGAACCACGCUAUUGAUUGACACACAUCACAUCCAGACGGUCACCAGGUCUCUGUAGUAUAGCCAGCAGAGCUGUUGUUUCUGAAGGGCAUCAUGUACCCUCUGUUAACACUGAUGUUUAUUGACGUAUUGUCUUUGUGUGUAAGUGAAUCUAUGCAGACUGUGUACAAUGGAGAGGUAUAACUGCUGUAUUGUGAUCAUAUUUAUUCCACAGACAUGUCAAGCAUCUUUCUUGGUUUUAUGCUGUCCUUGAUUUUCUAUUGAUGUAACCAUGGAGGAAUAGCCUGCACAAAAGGAUUCAAUUAAAUGAUUGUCUGUC